AUGAUCAAGAUAAUGAAAUUGAAAGUCACCACGUGUUUUAUGUUCUGCAGGGAACCUCAUUAUAAUCUCAACUGUCCUGAUUUGUUAGAAGAAUAUGAGUACGAACAGUGGAUUGUUGCGGACAUGGAAGGUGAAGAAGAAAUUGGCUGCGAAUCGCAUAAUCACAGUCAUCUGCUGCACAAAUCCGCUCGCGGUGGCAAAGGAGAUGUGAAGCCAUGGAACGUCGUAGAGUUUGAAAAUUUCCUUAAACAAUUUGUCAAAGAUGGCCCACCAAUCCCUGUUAUCAAUACAGUUGAUCAGGCCGGAAUUCCUCACGAUUUUCAAUACGUCGAUUAUUACGUCUACGGAGCAAAUGUUCCGCGCCCGAAAGUCUACGAUGACGCGUUAAUAGGAUGCGAUUGCGGAGACGGAGUAUGCAAAGGAUUUAAAUGUAAAUGCCUAAAAAUGUAUAACGGUGGACGCUUGUUCUACAAAAGGGGCACCGGUGCGGUGAACUUGGAACCGGGUCUCUCGGCAAUUUUUGAAUGCAACUACAUGUGCUCGUGCAAUCUAAAUUGCUCAAAUCGGGUAACCCAACGCGGAAGAAAGGUGCGAUUGGCCAUUAAGAGGUUUCCGGAGAAGGGUUGGGGAGUGGUCGCUCUUGAAAGGAUCGAAAACGGCACCUUUAUCACGUACUAUUAUGGUGAAGUGAUCACCUCCGUAGAGGCGGAGAUACGCGGAAAAAAGUACGACGAGUUAGGAAACACGUACUUAUUCGACAUCGACUUUUUUGACGAGUCGGAGGAAACGAAAAAUUCCGAUCAUUAUUACACGGUGGACGCUCGCCGAUUCGGGAACUUGUCACACUUCUUCAAUCAUUCGUGCGAUCCCAAUCUAGUCGUGUAUCCAGUGAUGACAAAUACGUCAAAUUUAAAGCAACAUCACAUUGGCUUCUUCGCAAAGAGAUCGAUCGAAUGCAACGAAGAACUGACGUUCGACUACGUUGGGUCGGUGAGCAGGGAUGAUGAGGACAAAGAGAACGAUGUCAGUAUGGAGGAUUGUUGUGUGGUUCCCGAGGUUUUUAAAUUCGAAGAUUUAUUACGAAAUCGUCAAAGACAACAGACAGAAAUUUGUCGUCAAAGACGUGAAGAAAUGGUAUCAGCUCGUCGUAAUCUCGAGAAGGUCAAUUGCAUCGACUCCGAGGAUGAAGCCAAUUACGAAUCCCUUCUUUCAUUUGACGAAAUGGUUCACGACAUAUUAUCGGAUUCUAUCCACAGCCAAUCGAGGCCUCUUGCGAAAUUUCGGAAAUUGCUCGCCGCCAAAAACCUGUCUGCCCAACAGGUGGUCGAUCUUGGUGUGGUUCCUCGGUUUGUCGAACUCUUAUCUUCCGAACACGAAUUCGUCCAAUGCGAAACAUGUCGGAUACUGACCCACAUCUUAUCGAGUGCUGAGAGACAACAUGUGCAAGUGGUGGCAGACGCGGGGGCGAUUCCUCCGUUGGUUGCGUUGCUGAGCAAAAACGAUUCCAGCACUAUAGAACACGCAGUUUGUGCGUUGGUUAGUAUUGCCGGUGAAAAUAAUUCUUUCCGAUACCUCGUUUUAAGUGCUGGCGCCGUUGACUCCUUACUAAGUAUCUUCUGUGAAAUGCAAGAAAAUGAUUCUUUAUUUCGUACACUGGUCUGGGCUCUUGCGACCCUUUGUUCCGGCGAAAUAGUGUCGGAGAAAGACUGGCGCUUGAUCGCACCAGCACUUCCCACCCUGUCGAGUUUACUAAAUUCGGUGGACGAAAUAGUUGUCGAACAAGUUUGUUGGACCCUGGGAUCCUUGGCUGAAGGGGGUGUUCAGCAGAUUCAAAGAAUCAUUGAACUGGGAGUUUGUCCCAACCUGGUACGACUGAUGGGCCAUCCGUCGAGAGAGAUCAAGAUCGCGGCAAUACGAUGUGUCACCAACAUGAUUACCGGCGAUGACUUUCAAACGCAAGUGAUCAUCAAUUGCGGAGCUCUUCAAGCCCUGCGUGGCUUACUUUCAAGCGAGAAGGAUGCCUACAUUCGAAGGGAGGCAUGCUUGCAACUUUCAAAUAUCACCGCAGGCACCGUGGAACAAGUUGGGGCGGUUUUCGAGGCCGGGAUUUUUCCGAUACUAAUAAAUCUCAUGACGAUCGCUGAUUUUGGUACACGAAAAGAGGCGUGCUGGGCAGUAUCUUAUGCCAUCAUUCAAGGUUGCGGUCGUUCAGAACUGAUUCCCAAGAUGGUUCGAUUGGGAUGCGUGGAGCCGAUGGUGGAAAUGUUGGGCUUCAAGGAUAAUGAUCUGAUACACUUGGUGUUGAGCGCGAUUAAGAUAAUUCUUCAUCUCAACGUGAAUCAUGCAAGAGGGAAUAAGGUGGCACUACACAUCGAGGAGAUUGGUGCUUUUGCAAAGAUAUACAAUCUCCAGUUUCACGAUAAUAACGAGAUUCGCGAGAUUGCCACACACAUUGUCGAAAGAUAUUUCGAGUCGGAUGACGAAGACGGCUUGGAUCUCUCGAUGACCGACUCUUUUUGA